CCUUAGCGCCGGGCCUGGCACACAGUGGGGGCUUAAUCGGGGGUCUCCCUCCUUUCCGCUGCGGAUCUUCUCCGGGUCUGGGAGCCCGCCUGUGACGUCACACACGCGCUGGGCUUCCCUCUCUCCCGGCCCUAACCGCCUGCGCAUCUCUGGCUCCGCCCCGCUUUCCACGUCCCUCCCUCCGCCCCGCCCCUGGGCCCAAUUGAAGGACGCUGGACUUCAUUUCCCACAAUCCGUAGAAAGCUCUGUAUCCCUCGGAGAGCCCAGGCGGCGCCGCGAAGGCCUCCGGGUAGCGGAGUCCGAGCGCUGGGUGCGCGCAGGCGUAGUGGGAACCCGGCCCGGGCCCAGAGGGAGGGAGCGAAGGAAGGAAGCGGCCUUUGUCCCGGCCCGGACGCCGCGAGCGCGGGCGGGGGGGCUCCGGAGCCAACCAGAGGCGCCGAGACCGCGGCCCCCCAGAGGCCUCUGGGAGGUCAGCACGGGACCCUCGGGGGGCACCAGGAGGGGAAUAACCAUGGAAGGCCCUUGGACUCAAGUGCGGGAGGAGAGAGCUCCGGGCUGCGGCAGCUCCCAGCCAGUGACUCUGGACGCCCGGGGACAGAGGAGAGAGCUCUGGGCCGGAAGCUGGGGCCCCUGGGAUCCCCCUCUGACUCGCUGCGUGAACUUGGAUAAGUCACUUCCCCCCUGUGAGCCCCCCUGCUCCCGCCUGAAAAGCGGCUGUGGUGGAGGAGGACUGGACAGCAUCAAGGCGGCCGGACUCCUUGUUCUAGGGGACCAGGCUCUCCCACCUCCAGGCUGCCCCGAGCCCGCUGAGGAGCCCAAGGCAGCGAGCAGGCCCCUUCCACGCAGGGUGCAGGAAGCGGUGACAUUCAAAGACGUGUACGUGGACUUCAGCCUGGCCGAGUGGGGGUGUCUGGGCCCUGACCAGAGGGAGCUCUACAGGGACGUGAUGCUGGAGAACUACAGGAACCUGGUCUCACUAGGAGCCGAAUUCCCCAGCGCCAAACCUGAGCUCAUCUCCCAGCUGGAACAAAGUGGAGGAGAGCCUCGGCCACAGGGAGGACCCCCGGGGGACCCCUGCCCAGAUGGGCGGCCCAGGACUCUGGAUUCAGCGCCACCCCGGGAUGUCUCUGAAAAAUCUCCCUCUCAGGAAGAAAAACUUGAAGGGCUAAGAAGAGACGACUCAGGGGCCUUCACGCUGAGAGAAGUCUCAGAACAUGAGGGUCCAGGAGCUCCACAGCAGAGUAGCCAGGAGCCCCCCUGGACCUCCCUGCCUACCUCCCACAAAGACCUGCCUUCUGGGGACAGAGGCUACGAAUGUAACAAAUUUAUUAGAAAUCUGGGCCUGAGAAACCUUUCCACAGCCCAGGGAGAGACCCCAUCCGAAAAGACUCUCCUCAGUCAUGACGACAGAGAGAGCUUCCAACAAAACUCGGUCACGGUUAAACUUCCCAGAACCAGUGGAGAGAAGAGACCUUUUCAGUGUACGGAGUGUGAAAGGACCUUUCUCUAUCAGUCGGAUCUUAUUAUACACCAGAGAAUUCACACUGGAGAGAAACCCUACAAAUGUAAUGACUGUGGUAAAGCCUUCAGUAAUAGUUCCUACUUUAUUCAGCAUCAUAUCAUUCAUACUGGAGAGAAGCCUUACGCGUGUAAUAUAUGUGGGAAAACCUUCAGCCAGAGCUCAUCCCUCACUGAACAUCAGCGCAUUCACACCGGGGAGAAGCCCUACUCGUGUAAAGAGUGCGGGAAGGCCUUCACACAGAGCUCGUCCCUGAUCAAGCACCAGCGCUGCCACACUGGAGAAAAGCCCUUUAAGUGUAAGGAAUGUGGCAAAGCUUAUACCCAGGUGUCCCACGUUGCCCGACACAGAAAAAUCCACACUGGAGAGAGACCCUAUAAAUGUAACGAGUGUGGGAAAGCCUUCUUUCACACCGCCUCCCUUACGCAACACCAGGCAAUUCACACUGGGGAGAAGCCCUACAAGUGCAACGAGUGUGGGAAAACCUUCAGCCACAGCUCGUCCCUGACUCAGCACCAGCGAGUGCACACCGGCGAGAAGCCCUACGAGUGCGGCGACUGCGGCAAGUCCUUCAGCCACAGCUCCUCUCUCACCCAGCACCAGCGCAUCCACACCGGGGAGAAGCCCUACGGGUGCAACGAGUGCGGGAAGGCCUACACCCAGAUCUCGCACCUCAUGCGCCACCAGACUGUCCACAUGGGGGAAAAGCCCUAUAUCUGCAAUGAGUGUGGGAAAGCCUUCAGCCACACCUCGUCCUUCACGCAGCACCUGACCGUCCACACCGGAGAGAAGCCCUACAAGUGCAACGAGUGUGGGAAGACUUUCAGCCAGAAUUCUUCCCUUACGCGGCACUUGAGGAUUCACACCGGAGAGAAGCCCUACGUGUGCAAGGAGUGUGGGAAGCGUUACACUCAGGUCUCCCAUCUUAUUCAGCACAAGAGAAUUCACACUGGAGAGAAACCUUACCGCUGUGGCGAGUGUGGCAAGGCCUUCAGCCGGAGCACCCACCUUAAUGAACAUCAGAAAAUUCAUACUGGAGAAAAGCCCUAUAAAUGUAACGAAUGUGGGAAAUCUUUUAGCCACAGCUCCUCUCUUAAUCAACAUCAGAGAAUUCAUACUGGAGAGAAGCCUUAUGAAUGUGAUGACUGUGGGAAAACCUUCAGCCAGAGUAUACACCUUAUUCAGCAUCAGCGAAUUCACACUGGGGAGAAACCCUAUGAAUGUAACGAAUGUGGGAAAGCCUAUACCCAGAUCUCCCACCUUCUUCAACACCAGAAGAUUCAUGCCGGAGACUCCUAUGAAUGUCCUGAGUGUGGGAAGGUCUUCAGCUAAAUGCACAACAGACUAAACAUUAAAUCAAAAUCUUAGGAGUCUUUACAAAGGCUUUUCCAUAUAAUUAACCGCCAUCGCACAGUGGGCUAAAAGAAAACCUGAGCAAACAUCAGAGAUUCUGUCCUGGAGAGUAGUCCAUGGGAUGAAUUUGGGGAAAAGUUUGUUUCUGACCAUUCACUUUGAUAAGUCCUUUCUCCCCUCCAAAGCUUGUUACCGUGACAUAAUAAAAUCCUUCAUCCAGCUUCACUCCCUCCACAUCGGUCUGCUGCCAAACUGUGAUCCAAGUAGCUCAUGCUCCUGAGCUCUUAUAGGCCAAAAAUAGAAAACCAUGUGUUGAGCCCACAACAGUGAGAGCAUUGUGGAAAACAAACGGGCCUUUUAGCACUAAUGAAUAUGCUAAACAUCAGAACCAGCAGCGAAUGAUCUCUCCAGAGUCUCACGUUUAAUUUUAUCUCUACCAAAAAGUGAAUUUUUGAGUGAAACAGAUGGUGCGUCGGGCUUGAACAGCAAGCCCGACGAGUGUCUGUGCCAGGGAAAGUUUUCUGUGUCAUCCAUUUAUGUUUCUGGUACUUGAAUCUCUCUCUGCUGUCUUGUGUACUCCUCUCCUCUUGUUGUGUAUUUCUUUCUUAACAUCCUUUUCCAGUGUUUUCCUGGUUUGUGUCGUGUCAGGGAAGGGGAGUUCUCAUAAAUGUUUGAGCAUGGACAGUGCUCAUUGCCAUAUUUUUGAUGCUGUUAUUGUUCCUCCUCUUUUGGUUUUUCCCAUGUCUGAUUCAUAUAAUCUUAUUGAUUAUAACCAAUUGCACCUUGGUAAUUGAAAAUCAUCAUUUGUCAUGCCCUUGACAGCCAGCGGGCCGCCUCUCCAUCUGAAAUGCCACGUAAUUCAUUCACGUAUGUGCCUGUCGGGACUCAACCCAGCCUAUGGAAUGCCCACACAAGAUGCUUCCAUCCCUGUCCAGAUCACCAGACAUCCUCCCAACAAAUGGUCAGUUCCCUGGAAUUGGACAUUUAGAGUCAGGCAAUAGAAAUCCUGGCCUCCUUCAAGCAAGAAGCAGGAUGUCCCUAGUUUUUUACCACGGCAUUUCCUGAUAGGUCUAGAGUUGAUCUCUGAGGCUCUGGCUCUUGAGCUUUGAGAUUCUGGAGUCCAUGUUGACCGUUUAAGGUCCAGGCCAACAUUCCAGUUACAUUUCUUUUCUUCCAUAAGUUUGUAAGAUUUAGAUUUAGAGCCAGAAGGCCCCUAAGAGAUCAUCUAGCCCUCAUCCCCCAUCUUACAGAUGAUGGAAUCGAGGCCAAUAGAAAUGAAGUAUUUUGUCCAAUAUCUUAGUAAGCAGCAGAUCUGGGCUUCUAAUCCAGGCCUCCAGACUCCAGACCCAGCACUCAGCCUCUGAGCCGUGUUCCUUCUGGCCAAGUUUUCAGAAUAUACCCUCCCAAUCACAUAGCAAAUGAGAAGCAAGCUUUCAUUUUGCCGUGUCUCCUGCAAUUGGGCCGGAUAUUUAUAUUGAGAGAUUUAGAGUCAUGCUGGAUUGGUGGAUGGGGAUCGCCUUCUUACUAGUAGAAUCUUCCUUCCGGUUGCAUCUUCUGCAUAGUUUCAUGCAUUAUUCUUUUUGUUGUAAAAACCUUGUUUGUAUCUGCUAGGUUUAUGUCACAGGGUCACAAAGACCUGCCUUGAUGUCUCUCUGGGACAUGGAGGUGACCUUGGGCUCCCAGAGACUUUGACAGUGGCCAAGCAGCUCUGGCAAGUUCUCCCGGGCUGGAAAGCUUUGGAAUAUGAGCCAUCUAGCAAUGAUCUGGAUGUUUGUCAUGGAGGGCUGAAGCCUCAAAUAUAUUCAGAGAGGCUCACCACUAAGUUGGCCAUAGAGGGAUGGGGAUUUUUCAGUUUCAACAGCUUAGGAAUCAACAGCUCAGGCCCAGGAGGCUUGGAAUCUUUACCAGUGGAAGUAUCAUGCACCCAGUGGAGAAGAUGGAGAUGGGACAUUGGAGGUCAGAGCUAGGCAAGAUUCUAGAGAUUCUCAGUCUGAGAUUCUCAUUUUACAGAGGGAGAAACGGGCUCAGAGAGGGGAAGGGAUUUGCUUCAGGUCACAGAGCUAGUGGGUGGCAAAGCUAGAGUGAGAACCUGGUCUUGAAUUUCACCCCGCUGCUUUUACAUGCUGCCAUGUUGCCUCUUGAACAACUUAAGGUCAGAUUCUGGCUCCUUCCCUUAUCAGGGGCAGCUGGAUGGCACACUGAAUAGCAAUCAGGAAGAUCUGAUUGCCCCAACUUUGCUAGCUGUGAAACCCUUGGCAAGUCACUUAAUCCUGUUUACCUCAGUUUCCUCAUUUAUUAAAAAAGAUGGGUAACAAUACCCAACUCCCAGGAUAGUUAUAAGGAUAAAAGGAGAUAUUUAUAAAGCGCUUAGCUGUGUCUGGCACAUAGUAGAUGCAGUAUAAAUGUUGGCUAUUAAUAUUUUUUGCUAGCUUUAAAGACUUUGGACAAUUCCCUUAUUUCCAUGGUGAGACUAAGUUUCCUCCAUUGUCAAAUGAAGAUAAUGUUUAUAUUACCUACCUCACAAGGUUGUUAAAAGGCUCAAGUAAAAUGAUGUGUGUAAAAUGCUUUAUAACCACAAAGAAUUAUGUACGUUUAAUUAUUCUUGAAUCCUUUUGGGGACCCGAAAUUUUGCAGCAUCUAAAAUUAUUGCAACCUUGCAUCACUCUAUGAUAUUGUUUGCAUCUUCUUUCAGUCGAUCCAGGUUCUCUCCCAUGUGGGCGCUUUUGUCAGGGUAGGUCACAGCACAGCAAAGUCAUCUUGUCUUUCUCCUGCCCAGGUCCCCCCAAGGUUCUUGUCAGCAGCAGAAGCGAUCCGGCCUCAGCCGCCCUCUCCAGGCACGACUUGGCCAGCCCACGGGCAUCCCUUUGCUUCUGGCAAAGAACCAGGCGGAGAAGGCUCCGCAACCCCUCGGGAGCACCAAGUGUGGCCUCUGCACUCGGAGGCUCUCCCCUGCCUCCCCUCCCCCCCCACCCCGUACUGAUUCGGAGCUCAGCAGCCUCCCAAGGAGGACGCUGCCUUUGGUGUCCAGGUCCAGUAACCGCUGGAGAUCAGGCUUAGACCCCAGGGAUAUCUCACCUCUGACACGCGGGGUUAGGAUGACAAUGGAAGCCAGCGACAGGUCCUCUUUGACUAUCCUUUGGGCCCUGCUGCCAACAGGGCGCGUGACCUCGGGCAAGCGCGGGACUCCGCUAUCAACCAAGCACAUAACCUCCGAGGGCUCUGGCCCGUGACCUCCGAGGGCUCUGGCCCGUGACCUCCGGAGGGCUCUGGCCGCGUGCCCCAGGCAGGCUUGCGGCUCUGCUUCCUCACUUGUCACAUGAGCGUGCAGGGCCCGGGAGACACCAACAGUCUCGGUACUCGGGCCCCUUUGAGCUCUGACCUCCUGGAUUGUACUUGCCGAGGCUCCUGUGGCUCUGAGCCUCCUCCUGUGUCUGAAGGCAGUGGGAGUGUGGGGUCUGGCACUGGCACUAAUUGUGGGAGGGGUGAUCUGGGUGUGGGGGGGGGGUCGGAGGGCUUCAAGCCUUGCCUGCAACCCUUAUUACAGGUGUGACUACGGAGAAGUCAUUUCACUUCCUGUCAGGUGAGAGCAGUGUACUGUGCUGGUUCCUCCGAGCUGUCCUCCGUAAGCCCGUUUCCUCAUCUCUAGAGGCAGUGGCUGAAACACCCAUCUCCUGGACUGCCCUGAGCCUAAAAUGAGACAAUGUCUGAAAACACCGGCCUGCUUUAAAUUGCUUCAGAGACAACCCUCCCCUCACAGUCGUGGGCCACGGCCUUUUCUGCUCAGAUACUCUUCAUUCUGAACUCCCAGGACGGUCGAACGCUGUGCAUUAUGUUUUCUAGAGUCCUGUGUUCCAGGGUUCUCCUGUGUCCCCAGGUUGGGAAGAUGGCGCAGCUUUGUUUGGUGCUCAAGGUGAAGAACAAGAAGCCUCCAAAGCCUCUGCUUUGUGUCCGGAAGAGGAGCUGGGAGGAUCCUUAGAUAAACAGGCAAUGGUCACCUUAAUGAACUCACCAUGGCUUCCUUCUGGUGCCAGAGAUGAAGGUAUAUGGGAACUGAUUGUAAGACACGCGUACCCAGAAUGCCAGAAUCAGGAAGACCUUUUGAACCAAAGCCACAAGAUGUCAAGAGCAGGGACAGCAGAACACAGAAUGCUAACGGGAUCUUCAUGGUGUAUGGAACCCAAUCCUAUCUGUAGACACACACAUAUGUAUAUGUAUAUGUAUAUA